AUAAAAACAUUAAAGCCGACUAAGACUUCAGUUUGACGUCAACAAACAUUAGAUUAAGAAAAUUGAAAAACAAAUCAAUAUGGAUGUAGCCUUAAAAUGGUGUCCAAAAUGUGAAUUUUAAGCGUUAACGUGGAUUUUUAUUAAAAUGUUCUUACUGCCUUUACUUGCAGGGAUUUUACUUGUCCUACAAGGGCCUGACAGUUUGGUUCUUGGGACAAGAAACAUUGAGGCAGAAGAGUAUUGGAACUAUAUGAAAUACCUGGACGAAUUAAAUAAACUCAAGACCUUAUUAAAUGCGGAUAAAACACGACAAGAAAAUCGGGAUUUAAGAGUGUCUAAUAAUGGGGGCAUCAACUUCGCAGCAGUGGACAACAGUUUUGAAGAUAUACCUAGUGAAAAAGAAAUAAAUGAAAUAAACGCAGGUGUAGAAGAACCUAAAAGAGCCGGCACUGGGGCUUCUACAACAGAGAAAACUGAACCAACAACAACUGACAAGGAUAUUCAACAUGUUCAUGCAAAUCCAGUCCCACCGGAGAAACUAACAGCACAGCAGUCUGAGCAUAUAGAUGUUAUACCGAAAAAAGAUUUCAUUUUUGUUGCUGUGGUGUCGGCCUGCAGUGUAGCUGGGUUGGUGGGCCUCAUCAUGGCAGGGGUCUGCUGGUAUAAACUCCAUAGACGAGUGAAAGCAGCGAGUGAUGUAGAAUACCCAGCUUACGGAGUAACGGGUCCAACAAAGGAGCGACUACCAUCGCCUGGUGAUCGUAAGUUAGCGCAGAGCGCACAGAUGUACCACUAUCAACAUCAGAAACAGCAGAUGAUCGCCAUGGAGAAGGCCAAUGGUGAGAUGAAACAUGAUGCUUCUGAAGAUGAGUCUGAGGAGGAAAAUGAGGAGGGAGAUUAUACUGUUUAUGAGUGUCCUGGCCUAGCUCCGACUGGGGAAAUGGAGGUUCGAAAUCCACUCUUCACAGAAGAUGCACAGACCCCUGUGAACGGUCAGCCUACAGCGGUCAAUGGUCUCCAAGACGACCAUGAACAGGAGUAAUCUAAAUCUCUACAGCAAAUCCAUUACUAUAUAAUCUAUAACUAUCAUUUAUCAAACAUGCUUCUAAUAUAUUUUGUUAGUAAAAAAUGAAAAUAUCUGAGCAAAUUAACGCUUUUCUAAUCUUGAAUUUUAACGUCUGCUGCAAAGUCGUCAGGUAUUUAGAUUUCUCUAGUAUAUGAACUUUAUUUUUUCUUCUUUACUGAACACUUCUGUAUGAUUUAUUUUCAUAAUUACUAAUUUGAAUCACUAAUGAGUUCAGCACUGGUGUAAGUCCUGAAAAUUUCAUUUUUUUUUAUAAAUAAAAAAAAUAUACAAAUUAUUAACCAAUCAACAUCUGCAUAUUUAUCUCCAUGGUGGUUUGUUAUAAAGUGGUGAUAUAAAAGGUCCUAAGAAUUAAAUUAACAAAAAAGUUAGAACAUUGGUGUGAUUUUUUUUUAAACUGGCACUAAAGAUAGAAUUCAGUAAAAAAAAAAAUAGUGCAAUUUAGUGCAAAUGUACUAAGAAUAAAAUAAAGUUAAAGAAGAGCUUUUAAGUGCUUUUUGACAUUUUUGAAUAAGAGUUUUAUGAUGAUGGACUAAGUUUUCUGCAGUUUGUGAAAUUUGAUUUUAGGUUUUUAAAAGAAAUUAAAUGAUUCAGUUCUUUUGAGGGGAAUGGGUGGGGUGUUUGGAAAUUAAUUGAUGUUGAACAUAUAAGUUAUUAUAAUAUUAACUUAGCUGAUUGAAAAAAAUGGAGCACUCUGUUACUAUGAACUUAGAAGGUAAUGUUUAAAAGAAUCCAGUUGAAACACCAUGAAAACUAGAUUAUUUAUAAAGAGACUUUAUUUUUACAUGUACAUGUAUAAUUAUUAUAAGAAUUAACUUUGUUACAGAUCUGUUUUUGACAUGUGUUCAGGAAGUCUCUGAUCUUAUUUAUUUAUUCUAUUCUGAUUGGUUAAAAUGCACGUGGGUGGGUUUUUUUAAUCAGUGAGAUAUAUUUGAUAUCACUCGUUGUCACUUAUUAUACAUGUAGCAUGAAGUA